AAAGGCAAAAACAGUGUUUUGACAGCAGAAAGACAAACUGGCAAAGUGAGUGAAGUGGCCGACGGUUCGGAAAAUUGUCUUGUUUUGAAAUAUUUUUUCAAUUUUCUUUAAUACCAUAUAAAAGUAUAUUUAAUCAUGCCAUUGCCGAUAAUUGCACCGAACGCAAUCGAGCCAAUGCAGGUCGAUGCCCAACCCGAAGAUAAUGAGAACAACGAGGAAGAUAUGUAUAUCGUGGAAAACUCGUCAAUUGAUUUGGAAGUGUAUGCCAAUCAGUUUACCGGACUGGCCAAGUUGCACCGGCUGAUUUACAUUGCGGACCAUUGCUCAGCGCUACGCUUGGAAGCCCUGAAGAUGGCAAUCAACUAUGUAACGACCACUUAUAACGUGACUUUGUAUCAGCAUCUGCACAAGAAGCUUGCUGAUAUGUCCGGUGGAAGCACCCUUCCGGAUGUGGCUGCUCAGUCGAGUUCUCAGGAUAUACCAAGCUUUGAUCAAGCGUGGGUUGAAACUAAGAGCAAAAAAUCCGCUCUGAAGCUGGAGAAGCUGGAUUGCGAUUUGAAGAAUUACCGAGCAAACUCUAUCAAGGAAAGCAUUCGUCGGGGUCAUGAUGAUCUCGGAGAUCAUUACUUGAAUUGCGGCGAUUUAUCAAAUGCACUAAAAUGCUACUCCAGGGCUCGUGACUAUUGCACUAGCGGCAAACAUGUGGUGAACAUGUGUUUGAACGUUAUCAAAGUUUCGAUCUAUCUUCAAAAUUGGUCGCAUGUACUGAGCUACGUUGCUAAAGCGGAGAAUACUACGGAAGUUGCGGAGAAUUCCAAGGACAAAGAUCCCAACCAGGCGGUAAUCACACGCCUAAAAUGUGCAGCAGGACUAGCUGAGCUAGCUACAAGCAAAUACAAGUCGGCCGCUAAGCACUUUUUGCAAGCGAACUUUGAUCUGUGCGACUUUCCGGAAAUGAUUUCCACAAAUAACGUCGCCAUGUACGGAGGGCUUUGUGCACUGGCUACCUUCGAUAGGCAGGAGUUGAAAAAUGUUAUUUCCAGUAGUUCUUUCAAACUUUUUCUCGAAUUGGAGCCGCAACUGCGAGACAUCAUAUUCAAGUUCUACGAAUCUAAGUAUGCAUCCUGUUUGAAGUUGCUCGAUGAAAUCAAGGAUAAUCUUCUGUUGGACAUGUACAUCGCACCUCAUGUAAAUGCACUUUAUACUCAAAUCCGCAACAGGGCCUUGGUGCAGUAUUUCAGCCCCUACAUGUCGGCGGAUAUGCGCAAAAUGGCAACUGCUUUCAAUCGUUCUGUAUCGGCACUUGAGAAUGAACUGAUGCAGUUGAUAUUAGAAGGACAAAUUCAAGCUCGCAUUGAUUCGCAUAACAAGAUUUUGUAUGCCAAGGACGCCGACCAUCGCAGCGCAACAUUCGAGAAGGCUAUUAAUGUUGGGAAUGAGUUUCAGAGGCGUUCCAGAAUGCUGAUUUUGAGAGCUGCCAUGGUGAAGCAUCAUAUUCAUGUCAAGAAUCAACCACGUGAGAGCAGUCAUGCCACGGAGAUUCUGCCAGCAACGGGAUCUUCCUCCUCCACACUGGUCCGCAACUGAUCGAGUGAGGAAGAAUUCUUCUUUCGGUUCAAGAGAAAACCUAAAUAGAAGGCAAUUAGAACAACAAUAUCUACACAUGAAAACAGAAAAUAAAUAUGCAAAGUAGCCAUAAAACUCAA